CUUUGACAUUUGACAUGUGUUUAACAUAACCUUAUUUGAGUUUUUCUCCGUGUUAUCUUCGUUAAGUCAAAAAUAUGAAAAAUAAAGAUGCGGAGACACUGAAUCCUUGCUUAAAAGAGCAAGAACAAACCUAUAAAUGUUUCCAUGAAAAUAAUUUCGACAAAGACGCUUGUCAACUACACAUAGAAAAUUAUAAAACGUGUAAAGCCUUUUGGAAUAGUGUUAGAUCAGACAGAAGACGGAAAGGUAUAUAUCCACUACUCCCUCCUGUAGAAGAACGAGAACAUAUUAAAAAGGAGUAUCUCCAAGCGAAAUAAUUGAUGUAUUUAGUCUUUUAUUUAUUAAAAAAAAGUUACAAAUGAUGGUUUUAUAUCAUAAAAAUAGCCACAAUGGCACUGUAUAGUCUUUGUUAACUUUAUUAAAAGAGUAAAAUUGUACAGGCAUA